GCUGUGUAGUGGGGGAUGGGCGCUCACUCUGUUGUUAUGACUGGUACUUGGCUGCAGGACAAACUUCCAAGGCCUUGGUAUUUUACAUUUUCCGCUCAUCGCUCGGCAAGGAUAUGCGACUCCGUUUUACCACGAAGCCGUCCAACAUAACCGGAGCUUAUCAGCAAAACAAGAGGGGAAAUAUCACCGGGUGUUUGCUGCUUUUCGGAAAAUAGGGGUUGACCCUUCUUUUUGAGGACAACAAAGCAAUGAUGCAUGCAUAAAGACAUACUGAUCACAUGGGCUCCUAUGUGCUGACCAAAUGGUUUAAUGACCAGGACUAAAAAUGAGCAUAAGCAGUGAUGAGGUUAAUUUCCUGGUCUACAGAUACCUGCAAGAGUCAGGCUUCUCACACUCAGCAUUCACCUUUGGCAUAGAGAGCCACAUCAGCCAGUCCAACAUCAAUGGAGCCCUGGUGCCCCCUGCUGCCCUUAUCUCCAUCAUCCAGAAGGGCCUGCAGUACGUGGAGGCUGAAGUCAGCAUCAAUGAAGAUGGGACCUUAUUUGACGGGCGCCCCAUUGAGUCACUGUCACUGAUCGAUGCAGUGAUGCCCGAUGUAGUCCAAACUAGGCAGCAGGCCUACAGGGACAAGUUGGCCCAGCAGCAACAGCAGGCGGCAGCAGGCAGUGGCAGUAGCACUGGGCCCCAGUGUAGCACCAAGAACGGAGAGGGUGCAGCCAAUGGGGAGGAAAAUGGAUCCCAUGCCUUAGCCAAUCACCACUCAGAGAUGAUGGAGGUGGAUCGGGACGUAGAAAUACCCCAGAGUAAAGCCAUGGUCCUCAGAGGUCAUGAAUCUGAGGUUUUUAUCUGUGCCUGGAAUCCAGUCAACGACUUGCUGGCGUCUGGGUCUGGCGAUUCGACGGCUCGAAUCUGGAACUUGAGUGAGAACAGCUCAGGUGGGUCCACCCAGCUGGUUUUGAGGCACUGCAUACGGGAAGGGGGCCAGGACGUACCCAGCAACAAAGACGUCACCUCACUAGACUGGAAUAGUGAGGGCACGCUCCUAGCAACAGGCUCCUAUGAUGGCUUUGCCAGAAUAUGGACAAAAGACGGUAACCUGGCCAGUACUUUGGGUCAGCACAAAGGUCCCAUAUUUGCACUUAAGUGGAAUAAGAAAGGAAACUUCAUACUUAGUGCUGGGGUAGACAAGACUACAAUUAUAUGGGACGCUCACACAGGAGAGGCAAAGCAGCAGUUUCCUUUUCACUCAGCGCCUGCUCUGGAUGUUGACUGGCAGAAUAAUACCACAUUUGCCUCCUGUAGUACGGACAUGUGCAUUCAUGUCUGUAAACUGAGUCAGGACCGACCCGUCAAAACCUUCCAGGGACACACAAAUGAGGUCAAUGCAAUCAAGUGGGAUCCCACUGGCAGUUUGCUGGCUUCCUGUUCUGAUGACAUGACUCUCAAGAUAUGGAGCAUGAAACAGGACAUGUGUGUACAUGACCUUCAAGCCCACAGUAAAGAAAUUUACACCAUCAAGUGGAGUCCAACAGGCCCUGGGACCAACAACCCUAAUGCCAAUCUGAUGCUGGCCAGUGCAUCAUUCGACUCCACGGUACGUCUGUGGGACGUGGAGCGCGGGGUGUGUAUCCACACACUGACCCGCCACCAGGAGCCCGUGUACAGCGUGGCUUUCAGUCCUGACGGCAGACACCUAGCCAGCGGCUCCUUCGACAAGUGUGUCCACAUCUGGAACACUCAGACGGGUGCUUUAGUCCACAGCUACAGAGGGACAGGAGGGAUCUUUGAGGUGUGCUGGAAUGCCACCGGCGAUAAAGUAGGAGCCAGCGCAUCUGAUGGAUCUGUUUGUGUAUUAGACCUGAGGAAAUGACAGUCGCGCGGGGGAACCAUGGACCGACUACGAAUGUGUACAUAGCCAAAAUGACUGACCUGUCCCUGCCUGUCCGCCACACUGCUGUAGUCCCCGCCAGGUGCCAUGGCCUGCCAUUACCACCAAACAGAACGCUCCCCCCCCCACCCUUCCCGCCUUCAAACACUCAUUCAAGGACCACAUUUUUAUCACAUCUGCUUUUCAGCAUGUGUAAGAGACUGUCAAGAGGAAGGCGUUUCUUUCUGUUCAACCCAGUUCAGACCCAAUACGUGCAAAUCAAAUCACCAGAAUUCCUUGUUUUUCCCUCCUUCUAACCCUCUGUACCAGAAUUCUAAAGAUUUUUUUUUUGAUUGUUGUUCUCUGUUGGUGUGUGCAUAUUGCAUAUGUCAGCAUUUGGUGUCCUGUGGACAUUGUUUUUAAAUUGGAUUUUACUGUAAGUUUUAUAUCAUACUGGGAGAGAGAAAUGGGCAAGAGGAUGGAGAGUUUUUAGUGUUCAAAAUGGAUGUCCACUGUUCAAUAGGGCAUCACUUCUUGGCACUCUACAAACAUGCAGAUGUAUCGCUUAGGUCAUCCAUCAUUUUUAUCCACUUGUUGCUUUAUUUUGCCAUUGUAAACAAAUUACAAAACAAGUAAUCCAAACAAUCCAAAUGUCCUUUGUUUGCGUCUGGCCCAGAUUUUUUUUUUCAGGUGUUCAUAAUCCAUCCGGUUGAAUGUCGAGCUGUUUUAAAAAAAAUGAAAGGAAAAAAAAUCUUCAAGGCUUAGAGAGAUUCUCUAUACUUUACGUUGGCCUCGCAACAUACACCUCAGGCCGGGAUCUGACCUCUUUUUGUCAUAGAGAAGGAGCUUGGGAGGGCCGUUUGCACCAACUGGGAUCUGUGAGCAAAGCGAGAGCAAAAGGGGUGUGAAGCUUUAACUUUGCAUCAGUUCUAAAUGUCAUUGUGCUUGCAUCCUCAAUUCAAGGCAAAGUAAUGCUAAAUGAUAAUCAGACUAAUACCAUCUUAUUUGUGCACCACGAGUUUUGAACUCCUUUCCAACUUUUGCCCGAAUCGUUCGCGUUGGGCUCCCUCGUUUCGAGCAAACGCUCUGGAGACGGGCUCCAUUUGAGCCUAUGCACAGAUGGACUGCGCGUUUAUUUGAUUUUUUUUUUUUUUGUCAUGUUCAGUUGCCAGUGCUUGUUGGUUAAACUGCACACGAUUGUGUGCCACUCGAGAGCAUGGAGUGGAGUCAAGUACAUUUUCAUGUUUGAAAUACAACAUGUGAUGUUCUUGGGCAUGACCAGGGGCCAUGAAGACUGUUUUCUUUUUUCUUUUUUUUUUGCUUAUGCUUUUUUUGUGAUAAAUACCAUUUGACAGUCAUUGGAAAGAUGAACUAGCUGCCCUUCGAAAGGGUUUUCUUUUCCUGCACUUUAGAGUAAAAUGGAGAAACAGGGAGGUGUGUUUAUUCAAGUCAAACACAUCUAAAAAAAAAAAAAAAAAAAAAGGAAAAUCUGAAAAAAGUAAAAAAAAAAAAUAGUGCAGUGUUCUAGAGAUUCAAAGGGUUUUCAUCACAUUUCGUCCGAGUCCGUUUAAAUGUCUAAGCCAAUGUCUGCAUUCCAGUUGUCAUCUCACAGCCAUAACAUCAGCUCAAUACAAAUCUAGAAAAACACAGGAGCUUGGUCAGAAUGUUACUUGUUUGAAAUGUUUUGUACUAUUUUGAAGUUUGCUUCAGUGGUGUCGAUGGUGACUGAGCUGUACUACAAUUACACAAUUUCAAACAGGUCCAUGACAGUGGAAUGGUAUUUUUUAAUGUUUGUUUUAGAGAAGCUUUUUACACUGCAUUCAAGUGGUAGCUUUUUUCUUUUUGUUCCUACCGAUUAAAAAACAUCUAUAUAUAAUAACAAUGAUUCUUCUAUCUUUGCUAUGUUUGAGAGCCCUUGAAGGUUUUGUAUUCCUCCAAACUUUUGUAAUUCAGAUUGAUUUGUAGCUAUGUACUCAAAAAUGAACAAAAAGAGAAAAAUCUGGAAAACUGUUGAUGUAUCACAGAAAAUGUAAAUAACAGUUUGCAAAUCUUUUUUUUUUCUCUUUUGUUUUUGGUGAUGUCUUUGCCCUCACUUGCGUUGUAUUAUCUCACUCACAUGGUUGCAGUCUGACUGUUGGAAUAGCAGUCAAAUCUCAAGGUCUAGAAUAAAGUCUAUUUUGAUAAUAA